AAAGAGUUUAGAUAAUCGAACCAAUUCAACCACCAAUUUUUUGCAUUAACACCCUGCCUUAGACCUUCACAUAUUUCAUCAAAGUCGAUCGAUUUAUUUUCAACCAUUUUCGACUUGGUAAUCAUUUCAGAAAGAAUAUCAAAGGACAGUGAAAAAUACUGGUAACAUCCGCUGCAAACACUUGUCUACUUCGCAAAGACUUUCUUAUAGCUAUCUAAAAUGAGUGCACGACUACGGCGUCCUGGUACGGCAAACAGCCAAAUACCUAAUGAGUGCGUCCAAGUGGUGGUGCGUUGCCGUCCCAUCAGCAAUCGAGAACAAACAGAGGGGUCUGAGGAAGUCGUCGCUGUGUAUCCAAAUCGUGGAGUAGUAGAGAUUAUGAAUUUGACUGAAGCCAAUAAGGAGCAAACAAAAAUGUUCACCUAUGAUGCUGCUUAUGAUGCUAGUGCAUCACAAAUCAACCUCUAUAACGAGGUUGUAUUUCCGUUGGUGAGCUCAGUUCUUGAAGGUUUUAAUGGCUGUAUAUUCGCUUAUGGCCAAACUGGCACUGGUAAAACAUUUACUAUGGAAGGCGUGAGAGGUCACGAUGAACUUAAGGGAAUCAUUCCCAGAACAUUCGAACAGAUUUGGCUUCAUAUAAAUCGUACCGAAAACUUUCAAUUUCUUGUCGACGUUAGCUAUUUGGAAAUAUAUAUGGAAGAACUGCGUGAUUUAUUAAAGCCAAACUCAAAACAUUUAGAAGUACGGGAGCGUGGUUCGGGCGUUUAUGUGCCCAAUCUGCAUGCCGUUAAUUGUAAAAGUGUUGACGAUAUGCUAAAUGUUAUGCAUAUUGGCAACAAGAAUCGUACUGUGGGCUUUACCAAAAUGAAUGAACACAGUUCACGUUCGCAUGCCAUUUUCAUGAUUCGCAUUGAAAUGUGUGACAUUGAGACAAACACUAUUAAAGUGGGAAAACUUAAUUUGAUAGAUUUGGCAGGAAGCGAACGUCAGUCCAAAACCGGUGCUUCAGCUGAACGGUUGAAGGAGGCAAGCAAAAUAAAUCUUGCCCUAUCCUCACUUGGAAAUGUAAUCUCUGCAUUGGCAGAAAAUUCGCCACAUGUGCCCUAUCGUGAUUCAAAACUUACUCGCCUACUGCAGGAUUCUUUGGGUGGCAAUUCAAAGACUAUAAUGAUAGCCAAUAUUGGUCCAUCAUCAUAUAAUUACAACGAAACGUUGACCACUUUGCGUUACGCAUCCCGUGCAAAGACUAUUCAAAACAAACCUGUUAAAAAUGAAGAUCCACAGGAUGCUAAGCUUAAGGAAUAUCAGGAGGAAAUCGAGAGAUUGAAACUCCUUAUUGCACCAAAGCAACAGCAACGUACUGAAAAAACAGGGAAGAAACGUCAACGAAAACCAAAGAAAGAAAAGGCUAAUAACGAAGUUGUGCAGAUGGAAGUGGAAGAAAGUGAAGACGAGCCGGAGUCGGAUAAAGAGAAUGAAGCAGAAGCAGCCAAGUCAAACGAAGAACUGGAGCGUGAACGUGUUGAGACAGCGAAACUCGCUACAAAGUUGGCAGAAUUAGAAUCGCAGCUGGUGCGCGGAGGUAAAAAUUUGUUGGACACAUACAGCGAGCGUCAGCUAGAACUCGAGAAAAAGCUGGUUGAGAUAGCUGAACGCAAAAAGCGUGAAAUUGAAAUUCAACAGCAACUGGAAUUGCAAGAGGAAACUACUCUGGAAAUACGAGAGACUGUUACAUCUCUAGAGCAAGAAGUUGAUUUGAAGAAAAGAAAAUUGUCAAAAUGCUAUGCAAAGUACUUGGCUUUACAGCAGGAAUUGAACGACUGCAAAUACGACCACAACCAGGAUCUACGUGAAUUAGAGAUGGCACAGAAUGAACUUGUCAAGGAAUUGAAGCGGCAAUUAUUAAUUAUUGAUAAUUUUGUACCAGUGGAAGUUAAGCAACGUCUUUAUACUCAGGCGAAGUACGAUGAAGAACAAGAAGAGUGGAAAUUCUCCGCAACUCCAUUGGUUGGCGAACAUAACUUUUUAACAAAACGUCCUGUCUCUCACCCGCAACGUCGUCGUCCCAUUUCCGAGUAUGCAUUAAUGGAGGCUAAAACAAACACACCUUCAGCAUUGCGUUUCAAGAACGAAAAUAUAGUAUCGUACGAGCUCGAAAUGCCAUGUCGCACUACGCAGGAAUCCCGUUCACCUAAAGUUUCUGCCUCGCUUCAAGCCGUAUUAGCUCAAGCUAUGCAAACUGGGGAUGACAUUGAUAUCGUAGAUUCCCACACCAAUUCAAUACGUAGUCGUCUUGAGAACAUUAUUAACGCUAGCGCAAACGCAUCGGCGGCGUUGGCUUCAACUAAUAGCAGUCCUACAACACCCAACGGGGUUACAGCAAUUCCCACUACUGCAGCACGCAAUAUUAAGCCAAGUCGUGGCACAGGUUCUCCUGGCUCGGCGAUUGAUUCGAAUAGACGUCCGCCUACUGGUCGUGUAGUGUCCAAAAAACCGGCCUCAGCUUAUCCAAAAGCUCGUGGAUUAGUGAAUAAGUAGACAAACUACAUGAUGAAAGUAUCGUUGUUAUCGCAACCUUAAAUUGUAAUGGUCUAUUAAUUCAAAGUACUUUGUUGAUAUGCUGCAUUACCAACUGUAAAUGUUAAGAUGAACGGCUCUAGUCC